CAACAUCGAGCGAUUCGAGGGACGGAAAAUCGAAAUCCGAAACGAACCGGAGAAGAUUGCCACGCGAAAAGAAAAAUUGGUGCUAAGACCCCGCUAAAAAAAAGAUCCAAACAGCGCCAUCGAAACCGCAAAAGAAAAGUGCACAAAACACAACGCAUAAAAAGAUAAUACAAAGUUCCUAUUUAAGUGCAGGCCACUUAACACCGUCGAAUUAAAUCGAGUCAAAUCAGGCGGAUCCAAGAUGCUCACCAGACAACCCGACUACACCAUCUCCGAGCUGGGCCAUCCCAUCCAUCAGUGGUCGGAUUCGACCGCGUGCGAGUCCCUCAAGAAGCUGGACUACACAAAGAUGCCCAGUUCUCCGCCAUCACCACAUCGCCUGCUGCCACUGAGGGAAACGUUGGACGAUUGUUUCAAGCGCUUGACGAUGAGGAGCAGAGAAGAUUUCGAAGAGGAUCCCGUAUACCAGCAGAAAUUGAGAAAGAAUCAGUGCAAUGAACAGCAGCGAAGGCGCAGCAAUCAAAAAUGUCGAGAUAAAGCCCAGUCCGGAGCAACAACGACGACGACGACGACGACAACGAUAGCGGCGAGCUGCGAUUUAAACAAUUUCUGAGAUUAAAAAGAAGGAGGAAGAAUACUUAUGGGGGAAGCAACCUAAGCGGACUGACUAAAAGUGCUAAAAUAAAACACCUUUUGCCUAGAUCAUUAAGUACAUUAAAUGUUAAGUAAAGAAAAAGCUAUAGCACUUAAUUUUCAUUUAAUUGCCAGCCACGCAGUUAGCAUACAAAAACAUAUUCGAAUGGAAUUUCAUCGGCCCAUUAAAGUGUAAACAAAUUGCGGAGAAGAGUAGUGAAUAGAACAGAACAGAACUAAACAGGCUGGCAGCCAAAAAUGGUGAGGAGACAUUGGGGCAACCUUGAUCAUGAGCACGUCGCUAUGGGGCCAACAAAUUAAUGCUCGAACGUGCUUUCUUUAAAUGGCUAAACGCGUGCGAUCGCAGCAGAUCUCUAUUCGCAGCGGAAGAAUCUGCGAUCUUCUAAUGGUUAUGGAAGUCCAUAGUGGCAGAUCUAGCAAAUCUAGACCUUAUCACUUGUGGAGAUACUGUGCUAAGCCAUACGAGUGAAAUCACUGCGAUAUAUUAGGUUGUAGUAUAAUAAGUUAAAAACUCUCUCUUAAUAAAGAAUAACAAACGCGUUCUCAGCUAAAUUCUACACAUAAAUUCUAUACACAAACAUAAAUAAAUUGAAAACCAC